UGCUGAAGGGCGGCCUGAGGCUGCUGGGGGACCCCAGGAAAAUUUUGGGGGGGAGGGGGGUAGAGGGUCUCCCCGCCGUCCUUCUUAACUCUGCCCGGGCAUCAUGGCAGCCAAAUGGUUCAAAGAAUUUCCCGCCAAUCUGAAAACCGUCUCGGAUCGCCCUAAACCAACCAGCGGGCAUCAUAUGGGCAAGCCGAGCACCAGCGGUGCCCGGAAAAAUUUAAGCUUGCCCGAAACCGGCCUGGCAUCGUUGCCCGGGAAAAACCGAAAAAAUUCCGCCACCGAGCUGAGUGGCACUUCAAGUAGCCGGUUAUCGCGGGACAAUCUCCAGGGGCUCCUGCAAGCCGCCGCCGGGAAGAUACGUAAGAAUUCGCGGGUGGAAGGGGCCCCCUCGGAGGACCCCGGCUGGGGGGGCCCCAAAGUGACCCCCAGUUGUGGAGGGUACAUCAACCGGCUCAUCAAAGUCAACGCCCAGGAGAAGAACGCAAAGAACUUUUCAGGAUCAGCUCCGAAUCCCGGUUCACUCCCGCCGGUCGAACCGGAGAAGCCCAGGCAGGAAACGGUUAUCAUUUUGGAGGAUUACGCCGACCCGUACGACGCUAAGCAGACCAAGGGCCAAAGAGAUGCCGAAAGAUUGGAAGAGAACGACGGUUACAUGGAGCCUUACGACGCGCAACAGAUGAUAACCGAAAUCCGGAGAAGGGGCUCCAAAGACCCCCUUGGGGGGAAAGCUGUCCUGCUCCUGGGCGAACCAGGACCGAAGGGAGACACGGGGGCCAAAACCCCAGCGUCCAAACCUUUGCAGAUUUACGAUACCCCUUACGAACCGGCCGAGACGGGCUCUCGAUCCGAGAUACGCCUCCCCGGGAACGACGAACGUCCACCGGCCGAGUACGAACAGCCUUGGGAAUGGAAGAAAGAGCAGAUUGUUAAAGUUCUCUCAGGUAAGGAAAAGGGGGAGUCCCAAAAUUGGGCAGAGCAGGGAGAACCAUUUUUCCCCCUUCCCUGCAGGUGGUUUCAUGGCUCCAUCACUCGAGCCGAAGCCGAGAGCCGCCUACAGCCGUGUCCAGAGUCCGGUUACCUGGUCCGAACCAGCGAGAUGGGCCCCACCAAGUACUCCAUCGCCCUCAAAACCAGCCAAGGUUGCGUCCACAUCAUCGUGGCCCAAACGAAGGACCAUAAAUACACUUUGGACCAAGCCGGCGGCCUCUUCGACACCGUCCCCGAAGUGGUCAGCUAUUAUUCCACCGAAAAGCUCCCCUUCAAAGGAGCAGAACAUAUGACGCUCCGUUAUCCGGUCUCGAUUCCCAGCAAGAGUCCCUAA